UCGAAUAACAGAACAUCCACAUAUACGCAAGUCUCGACGUCAAGCGACCAUGAUAGACCGAAGAGUGCGGAUGCGAAGAAGGACAUGUGGUCUUCCAUGUUAGACAGCGUUGCAAGUGGAAAGAGGCUUCCAGAGAAGAAUAUCCUCGUUUUAGGAGGGACUAGUGAAUCUCAGAGGGAGUUUCUUGACGGCCUUUCUGCAGAGGAUUCAAGGAGGAAUCAGGAGCGGCAAAGGAAGCAGCCUCCAAUAGCAAAUAACUUUGCGUUGGGAUACACAUAUCACGAUGUUUUAGACGCAGACCAUGAAGACAUACUGGCACGCCUCUCCCUAUACCUUCUCGCCGACCCCUCGCCAUCCUUCACUCCUCUUCUCCAACCCCUUUUAACACCACAAACUAUUCCCAACACGCUCAUCGUUGUACUUCUGGACUGGUCACAACCAUGGUUCUGGCUAAGGCAAUUACGAGACUGGAUACGGCUACUUAGAACCCUUCUUGUCUCGCUGGAUGCGGACUGUAAAGAGAAGAUGGAAGAAGUCAUGAUUGGCUGGCGAGACAGGGGACGUGGGGGAAAUAGUCUUGACGGAGGGGGCGUCAACAGCACAACAGAGAGUGAUGUUAGCUUGCCCUUGGGACCGGGUGAAUGGGAGGAAGCACUGGGACUACCGCUAUGUGUAGUUUGCCAGAAUUCUGACCGUAUAGAAGUACUGGAGAAGGAUCGGUCGUGGAAAGAGGAAGAAUUUGAUACAGUUCUACAAUUUCUAAGGGCGAUUUUGCUGAAGCAUGGCGCAUCGCUCAUCUAUACAAUCCCCUCUGCUCCGAGUCCAUUACAAAGUCUCAUACACUCAUCUCUUGGAAUCCACUCUCUUCUAAAACGACAACCACUCAAACACAAUGUCAUUGACCGAGACAAGGUUGUUGUUCCACCGAAUUGGGACUCUUGGGGCAAGAUUCGAGUUCUCCGAGAUGGCUUCGAUGUUGAAGCCAUUAACGAAGGAUGGUCACUUGACAUUGAGGAAUCAUUUGAACCAAGCCCCGUUGACAAUGCAAAUGGUACCAAUGACUCUACGGACGAAAGAACUCUCAAGGUAUCGGGAGGAGCAGUGGAAGCUUACGAAGAAAUAAUUCGUGACCCUAGCCUUGACGCUCUUCAAGCCGCAUCCGCAGAAAGCAAUGGCCUCAAACUUGAAGUUUCAAGCACCGACACCCAGACCUUCCUCGGUGCUCAGCUUGCAGUUCUAGAUAAGAAUCGGCAAGCGGCCGAGCCGACAGGUAUGGACAGCAGUCGACUGAUUCGUGGUCGAGGAGCAAGUCUCGAAGGAGAAGAUAGUGUUGGUGAUGAGGCACGGGUCAACGAGCAUAUUGGUCCUGUGCAAUUCAAUAUGGGAGGAAUUCAGGUAGAUGCUGAUGAUAUGUUACAACGAUUGAAGAACCGCCAAAGCUACCAGACCCCUGAACCCACAACUCCAGGUACAACAGCCCCCGAUGGUGGGAAGCCACAGAAUAACGAAGUCCUAGCCAAUUUCUUCGCCGGCCUUGUCAGUCGUGGCGGUGGGAGUACAACUAGCAGCCCCAAGCCC